AUGGUCUAUUCCUCUAUGAAGCUGUUCUUGUUCUUCCUCUCGUGCAUUAUGAUAAUUUUCAACCACAACACUAGUGGUUUGGUAACCAAAGCUAAUAGCAUUGGCUUGAACUACGGCCUCCUUGGAGAUAACCUCCCAACUCCUCCCAAUGUUCUCAACCUUUACAAGUCCAUAGGCAUUACUAAAAUCCGUAUCUUCGACCCGAACACAGGAGUUCUUGACGCCUUGCGCGGCCACCGUGGUUUUGAAGUCACCGUUGGCGUUAGGGACCAGGACUUGGCUCCUCUUGCAGCUAGCGAAGAAGCUGUAAAGGGAUGGUUUGCAACCAACAUCGAGCCAUACUUAGCCGACGUCAACAUUGUGUUCAUUACUGUUGGUAAUGAAGUCAUCCCUGGACCAAUCGGUCCUCAAGUUCUUCCGGUCAUGCAGUCUCUCACCAACCUCGUAAAGUCGAGGAAUCUGCCCAUCUCGAUAAGCACCGUGGUGGCUAUGUCGAACCUCGAGCAAUCCUACCCACCUUCCACUGGAAAGUUCACCCCCCAGGCAUGGGAACAACUUGUUCCCGUGCUAAAACUUUUGUCUCAAACAAAUACACCUAUUCUCGUCAAUAUUUAUCCUUACUUCCCUUACGCAACUGACCCGGCACACAUCCGUCUCGACUACGCUACCUUCACCGCUAAGGCCAUCGUGGUCCAAGAUGGACCAUUAGGCUAUUCAAACAUGUUUGAUGCAAUAUUCGACGCAUUUGUGUGGGCGAUGGAGAAGGAAGGCGUGAAAGAUUUACCAAUGGUGGUGUCCGAGACCGGAUGGCCAUCAGCCGGGAACGGGAACUUAACCACACCCGAAAUCGCGGGUACCUACAAUAGAAAUGUUGUGAAGCAUAUAGUAAGCGGAAAAGGAACACCUAAGAGGCCUAACAUUGGUUUCGACGGGUAUAUAUUCGCAACUUUCAACGAAAAUCAAAAGCCGGCCGGGACUGAACAGAACUUUGGAUUAUACAAUCCUACUGAUAUGAAGCCUAUCUACAAGCUAUUUUAAGAUUGGGAAAAUUCACUAAUGAUAUAAUUCUCUGUUAGUUGUUAGUGAACUAAGUGAGAUUAACACAUCUUAUAAGCUCUUGGCUUAUGUGAAUGUGACGGUGGUGCAUGAUGAGAUCUCCUAGCGGAACUUAAUUGACGUUGUAAUAAAUCUGAAUUUGGUUGUUGAAACUACUUUCUCCGGUUUAGUAAUUGUAUUCUGUUC